GGAAAGAGCUGGAAGUACCCAUUUCAAAUAACGGGGUCGAAGGGUUGGCACGACCAGACGAACCGGAGUCAAGUGACUACGAGAGUGGAGGAGGAGGAACUACAAACUGGGGGAGUGGAGCGGAAGAAAUGACCGAUCAGGAAGAGACACCCCCAUCGGAGUUGAGAACCGAAGAAGCAGAAACUCCUAGCCCCGCGAUAUACCUAGCCAUCCUGGAAGAAGUACCGACACCGGAAGAAGAAGAGGAGCCUGCCGCCGGAGGACCGAAGACAGAUCUGGAAAACUUAACGGAGGGAGAACGGGGAGAAGUAGCGAAACUCUUUGAGAUGGAAAAAGAACUAUUCGCGAAGAGUCUGGACGAACUUACCCAAACCGACCGAUGUAGUGAACUGGGAUCUAAUGAUACCGUCCGCUCUCUUUGCAUACCGAACGGCAUGGCAAGAAACGACGAGGAUGACUCCGUUCUACCUAGUCUACGGGAGGGAGGCGCUAGAGACACUGCCGCGACAACGAAAAGACACGAUAACACGU